UAUUCCUAAAUGAGAUCAAGUAUCUUGCAGCUGAAAUCUGCACAGUGUUUCCUGUCUGUCCAUCCAUCCAUCCAGCCGUCAUGCAGUCUGAGCUUUAUCCUAUCAACAUCCGUUUAACCGGAGUUCUACACAAGGAGAAGACCAAAAUGUUCAUAACCUCUGUGCUUUGGUCGGAUCAGAAUGACAUUACAAUUUACAGAACUUUUAAAGAUUUCAGACAAAUGCAUAAACAACUGAAGAAGAAAUUUCCACCUGGAAGUAAACUGAAUAAAUCCGACAGAAUCCUUCCUAAAUUUCAAAGCAACAAAGUGAAGCAGAAGAGCCAAGGGAAGGGGCCUAAUAAAUCACUGGUGCGACUUAAGUAUUUGCAGAAAUACUGUAAUAAUCUUCUGAGCUGCGAUCCAAGGGUCUCGCAGUCUGCAGACCUUGUAAAGUUCUUGCAACCAAAGGAGAAGGAGCUGCAGCCAGAGUUCACCAAAAACUGUAUCAUGAUCAUGCCCUCUGAGGAUGAGAUCACUAGUUUUGGAGGACAUAACAGCAGUGGUAAUGUGACCCAGCCAUUCGUCACAGAGACCUACAGAUGUGUCGCCCCAUAUGAAACCAAAGACACCAAAAACAAACCUUUCAAAGCCGCUGUGGACGAGAAGCUCGACGUUCUUAUCAAAGACAAAGCCGGGUGGUGGCUUGUAGAGAAUGAGGAGAAGAGAAUGGCCUGGUUUCCUGCACCCUAUCUGGAUAAGCUGGAUGAUGAUGAGGAGGAUGGAUAUGAAACUGAUGGGAUACCAGAACGAGGUUCGCUUUACACAGCCGUCAAGAACUACAAUUCCACCACAGUGGAUGAAGUGAGCGUGAACAUUGGUGCAGUGGUGGAGGUCCUGCAGAAAUCUGAAAACGGCUGGUGGCUCGUCAGACACAAUGGUAAAAUCGGCUACAUUCCAACCCUGUACCUGCAGCCCCACAGUUACCCUCGCAUUCAGAUGGCGCCUCAGCAUCAUGUGCAGAACUCCUCCUUCCUCUCACCCUCCUCUUCCUUACACCACAGCCGUUCGUCUGGUAACCUCACUCAGCUUCCCAAUUCCAGGCCCGCCUCCCCCAGCCCGAUCCAAACAGAAAGCUUCAACAGGUCACAGUCUCUGAACAUGUUGUCUGAGGAGCCCUAUACUCAGCCUGAAGCGAUCCUUUCUGUUCCAGCCAAAAAACACCCCACUACACCAACUCCUGCGGUGCAACUUCCUCUUCCAGUUAUCAUGGUGCAGAGUGAUGAAGAAGGGGAGGAGAGGGGUGGGAUCUUCAGAGCAGAGUCGGUGGACAGCUUUGAAAGCGACAGCUUCAGUGAUGAUUCCCUGUCCAUGUCUGCCGGUUCAACCCUCAGCCUGAGGUAUGGCGCCAACGACGAACAGCUGCGACUGUCCCGCACGCCCCCUCCCAUGGUGGCCAACCGCCUGAACCCAACAGGUAACCAUGAGGGAACUUUACUCCCCAGUGUCUCUGACCCCAACUUAUAUAAGGGCCCCAGGUUCCCCACGGUGCCCCCAAGACCCCGGGCCCAGGACAUUCUCAGCCGCUGUACCAGCGUCACCCGUAAGAACGCAACCAAGAGCAACCCAUCAUCCACACAGACCGAGGAAACCAGCCGAUAAAACCUGAAGAAUGAAGUUUGGCUUCGUUAUUAUUACAACUAAUCUUAUCUAAGUCAGUUUUCUUAGGGAUAAAAACUACAUUUUUUUAAUGAUCUUGGAAUCAACAAAAUCUAAAUAAUACAAAAAAGAAAAUUCAAAUGCUGAAUAUAAAAAUAUUCAACUUACUGUAGAAGAGUCGUGUGUCUUUUGUUUUGGAUCAACAUCAAUAUCUGCUGUUCCUGAUGUCUGUAAAU